CAAUCGUCACUUCUCUACACUAUGAGUAGAAGAAGGGUUUCCAAGAUUCCUUCCUGUCAAUCAGAGAUUUUUGAUGCCCAAGUGUCAUCGCCAUACACAUCGUCGAUCGUAUCCCUAAAGUUCGGAUCGAAAGAGUACAGCAUCCACGACAAAUGCAUUCCCAAGUCGCCAAAGUGGAAAGUCGAUCCUGGAUGGGGGGGUUGCAAACAGGUCUUGGAGCUCAAAGACUUGGAUGAGGAUACCGGGCACACUGUUGUGCAUUACCUGUACACUGACUUAUACCAAACACUGAACACCCCGGGAAUUCCGAAAGACGCCGAAGUGGAAUACAAGAGGAGUGUGCUCGCCUACAGUGCCGCUAAGCUGUACGGUCUUGACGGCCUGGCUGAGCAGGCUGUGAAAGUGAUAGAGGAGUUGGACAAGAAUAUGUCUGUAUUCAAGACUUUAGCUGCCUGCAGGCACGCCUACCAGCAUCAUUCAUACGAAGAUGAGUGGCUCUUGCAAUAUCUCAGAGGGAAGAUUGUCGCUGCACUCGAACGCAACGAAACUCUACUUGUACAGAAACAGUUUUUAGAUGAGGUUGAGGGAAGCGCCGUCUUUACAAGAGUGCUUUUCACGAUUUUUGGGGGGUUGUAUGUCGAGAAAGCCAGAAAGUCCCUGCCUCCACCAGACUCGGCAUCGGAAUCGUCAUAUGACUUUCCAUAG